CAAGUUCUUCCUUGUCAGGCUCUCUCUCUCUCUCUCUCUCUCUCUCUCUCUCUCUCUGUGGCUCUCUCUGUCAAAGACGCACACACAAAGCGGUAAAAUCGAGCUGCAUGGAGUGACAUGUCUUGGUUACCUCAAAAAAAUUGCAGGGUGUAGAGCUAGGGUUUCAGAGCUCUUAAAAAAGUGAAGGAAAGGAGGUUUCAGAGAGAAAUGAAGUGGGUUAUUGGAUGUUGGGUUUUGAUAGGUAUUGUUGUGGGAUGGUAUUGGUUCAAGAAGAAGAGCAAGAUAGAAAAGAGGAGUGGGGUUCCAAGAGGGAAUUUAGGUUGGCCUUUCGUAGGAGAAACUCUCGACUUCAUUGCUUGUGGCUACACCAGCCGACCUGUCAGCUUCAUGGACAAACGCAAAUCUCUGUACGGGAAGGUGUUUAAAACACACAUCUUGGGAACACCCAUCAUAGUUUCCACGGAUCCGGACGUAAACAAGGUGAUCUUACACAACCAUGGCAACACUUUUAUCCCUGCAUAUCCCAAAUCGAUUACAGAAUUAUUUGGAAAAAAUUCUAUACUCCAAAUCAACGGAAAUCUUCACAAGAGGGUGCACGCACUGAUCGCAGGCUUCCUUAGAUCCCCACAGCACAAAGCCCGGAUCACCAAAGACAUUGAAAACUCGGUCAAAAACUCCCUAGCUACUUGGAAGGACAUGCACCAAAUAUACGUCCAAGAUGAAACCAAAAAGAUCACGUUUGAGGUACUGGUUAAAGCAUUGAUGAGCGUUGGUCCAGGUGAAGAUUUGAACUUUUUGAAAAGAGAAUUUGAAGAGUUCAUCAAAGGGUUGAUUUGUUUACCUAUUAAGCUUCCUGGAACAAGACUAUAUAAAUCUCUCAAGGCUAAGGAGAGGAUGUUGAAGAUGGUGGAGAAGAUAGUGGAGGAGAGAAAAAUAGCUCGGAAAAAUACAGACGAGAAGGGUCCGAUAAUUGAUGCACUCGACGUGCUGUUACGGGAUGGUAGUGAUUCAAACGAUACGGAACGCCUGCCGUUGGAUUUCAUCAGUGGGAAUAUCAUAGAAAUGAUGGUACCCGGAGAGGAAACCAUGCCCACGGCAAUGACCCUAGCUGUCAAAUUCCUCAGUGACUGCCCUGUUGCUCUAGAAAACUUAAUGGAGGAGAACAUGGAAUUGAAGAAGAGGAAGACCGAUUCCUGUGAUGAUUAUGGUUGGACUGACUACAUGUCUUUGCAGUUUACUCAAAAUGUGAUUAGUGAAACUCUUAGAAUGGCGAAUAUCAUCAACGGGGUGUGGAGAAAAGCACUCAAGGAUGUAGAAAUCAAAGGUUAUUCGAUACCUCAGGGAUGGUGUGUAUUGGCAUCUUUUAUUUCUGUUCACAUGGAUGAAAACAACUACGAAAACCCAAAUCAGUUUGAUCCAUGGAGAUGGGAGAAAAUAGGAGCUGCUGUUAACAACAACUGUUUAACACCAUUCGGUGGUGGACAGAGGCUAUGCCCUGGAUUAGAACUUUCCCGGCUUGAGCUCUCAAUAUUUCUUCAUCAUCUCGUCACUAGUUACAGGUGGGUAGCUCAACAGGAUGACAUAGUCCAUUUUCCAACGGUGAAGAUGAAGAGAAAGCUCCCCAUCAGGGUCACCUCCAUAAGCACUUCAGACUAAUUUGGUGCAACUGCAAAUAAGAAUGAAAAUUAACCAAUGGAGGAAGAAGCCCAGCACAUGGAUCUUAAACCUUAAAGGAUAAAUACAAUUAGACAGACCCACGAGGUUGCAUCCCCCAUCAAAUAGGACUCUAUAAUUGUGUUAGCUCUGGUGUCACUGUCUGUGUUCAUGGCAGGACGGGCUGUUUGGGCCAGUGUCCCUGUCCUUAGAGCAAUGCAAGUGGGGAAAGAUUAAAUCUAACUUUCAAAUGUUGGUCUCGAACUAUUAAAUUUUCUGUUUGAUUCGAUAAUAACAGUUCGGCGGUUGCAUGGGCCA